GUUUGGAAGAAGAUCCAAUCUGACUUGGCCUGGCGAAAGCAGGGCCAAAGGUGCGUGGCUGCACGAGGUCCUGAACACCUUGGAAGGUGGAAGUGCGAGCCGUGGACGUACCACAUCGACGCCAACUUUUCGUCCAUUUUGCCGAGAUACAAAGACACCGAAGGUUUCGAGGGCUUGGGACAGUCCAAGGUGGCCGUUUGCGUCUUGGGGGCACCGCGCACCGUGAUGCACACCUACACCACGAUCCGAGAGCAGGUAGUCGAAGCACUCAAUGCCGAUGCCUUUGUCUAUGUCCCUUUCCCUGGGUUUUUUGCGCCCGCGCUGGAGAACGAAAUGCGAGAACUGGGCCCAGUAGUUACGGCGAUGUUAGUCCCCGAUGUGAGCAAGACAGAAUUUGAGGCCCGUGUGGUCUCGGAGCUGAAGAAUCCGGACUUCUUCAGGCUCUAUGGAUUGGCGACAGGGCCGUGGAGAGCCCCGCUGCACAAACAAAUGGGGCAUAGCAUGUGGGGAUAUCACAACCAGCAUGGCUGUCGUAGGAUGCUGGAGAGCUUUGAGCACCAAAGAGCAUGGCAGUACGAGUGGAUUGUCUUCGCACGGGCCGAAAUGUUUUGGACGCACAAGCAUCCACCAUUGGAGGCACUGGACCCGCGCUUUUUACACAUUCCAAAGGGCCAGGACAACAACUUCUACAACCACAACCCCUUGUACGGCAUCAAUGACCGGCACGCUGUGGUGCCAAAGCGCUGGUUCAAGGCUUACUUCAACCGCUAUGAGUCCAUCUUGGACGGAAGUGCAUGGAGUUACCUCCGGGAGAUUGCCAGGAACCAGUGGAUGAUCAACACAGAACAGUACUUGCUGCUUCACUUGCAAGCACAUCAGGUGCCAAUUCUGCGCUUUCCACCCAUCUCCUUUCUCUCGCACUGCAUGGAGGGACCGCAGUGCAUGCAUCUGUACAAGGGCACGGAUCUCGGAAAGCAACGUUGGACCACGCCCUUCAAGUACUACACCGAGGCCCUCGAGGUUCGUAGAACCACCGUGGACGAUACUCACUACUUGGUACGCCUGGGCUCCGGUUGGAUUUGGACAGCUUUGUGGCCACCUCAACCUUGGAUUUGGGGCAAUUUGAAGAAGAAAGAGCAGGAGAAGCCAAUUGAGAAACAACAACCCCACGAGCUGCUGGGCUCGGAUGUGGUGUGUGGAUUAUCCAAGCAUGGACCUACCUCGAGCUUGAGCUGGAUCUUCUACCAAAGAUGUGAGUGCCACCGAUCUGCUCGAUGA